AUGCCCGAUGACCCUGCUGAGAAAACUGCCAAUAUCUUAAGGGGCUGGACUCGAGAAUCGAAUUUUGACGAACUUUUAGUGGUCUACUACGUCGGUGACGGAAGUAGGAGCUCCAGAGGACCAGUGCCCCAGCCCUUUAGGGUAGCCCGACGGGACAGCUCAGGUAAUUUCGAUGCUAGUAUUGACUGGCCCGUCAUUCAUUCUGUUCUUGAAGCGGCCCAGUGCGACAUCGUCAUGUUUCUCAACUGCUGCCACGGCGCUGACGCCUGGGUCUCACGCAACCUCGAAGAAGAUGGAUUCAAAGGACCACCUAACAAGGUUAUGUGUAUCAUUGCUGCUACCAGUGAAAAUGAGACUGUAUGCAUGCAUGAGCAGAUGUCGUUCGGGACUUUGUUGAAGAACGUACUCGAUUCCGUAAGGCCGGGGCUCGGGUUGAAGAAGUCCAUCUCAAUACCCAUGCUGGUGAAGGCGAUGAAGGACGAAAUAGAGCGGUCGAAGAGCUUCCGCGUUAAGGAUGUUGUUCAUGGGGGUAUGUGGCUCAUGGAUCCAUGCCUGUACGAACAAGGGGAUGGAGAGUAUCGAAAUAUACUGCUCCAUCGAACAUUGGGAGAACAUGACAUAUCCGAAAUUGUCCCCUUGGUGGUCAUCGGACACACCUGGUAUCAGCCUUUACUGGGACUGGCGGGACAAUAUUGGCGACUAUUAAGGGUCACCGAAUCGGAACUAGAUGAACGACAUUAA